CAACCCCUAUAAAUUCAAAGUACCCAAUCGUUGUGUUGACAUUAGCAAGUAGGCCAUUCCAAUCCCAAAAGGGAAAAAAUAUAUAUAUAUAUUGUAAAAUCUGCUUCAACAUCAUGGAUUCAAAGAAGUCUAACAAGAUCAGAGACAUUGUUAGGCUUCAGCAAAUCCUAAAGAAGUGGAGAAAACUUGCUAAUUCAUCAAAAUCCACCACCAUUUGUAGCAACAACAACAACAACAACAGAAGUGGAAGCAAAAGCAUCAAGUUCCUGAAAAGAACGCUUUCUAUAUCAGAUAAAACAAUCUGUGAAGCUUCAAGCAUUUCUGUUCCCAAAGGCUAUCUGGCGGUUUGCGUUGGUGAAGAACAGAAGAGAUUCGUUAUUCCAAUGGAGUAUCUGGGUCACCAUGCAUUUCACAUCCUGUUGAGAGAAGCAGAGGAAGAAUUUGGGUUUGAACAGGCUGGUAUUUUGAGGAUUCCAUGUGAGGUUUCUCUGUUCGAAAGUAUAUUGAAGAUGGUAGAGGAAAAGAGAGACCCUUUUUGCUUCAAGAAAUAUAGGCUUAACAAAGAGGAAUGCGGCUCAUCUGAUGCCCAGAUUUCUCUUUAUCAUCAUCCUGAGAGCCCAAUGUGCAGAUAGUUUUGAAAAAAUAUGUUCAUCUCCUUUUUUUUUUUUUUUUUUUUUUACCCACUUUGAUUUAGAGGGAGGCUAUGUAUUUGAGAGAGAGAGAGAGAGAGAGAGAGACAGAGAGAAUAAGAUGUUAUGGAGAUGUAAGAGCAACCCCUUUUGAGAAUCAAUGAAGAAAUUCAUCAAAAACGAUACGGCUUGCUUUUAGUAUCUGUGUUAUGAUAACCGAUUUCAAAUGUUGCAUUUUUUCAGGCAUUCAAACAGGUACAAUUUGUUUGAUCUAAUCCAAACAUGUUAUGGUCAAUAAACAUGGAUUUUAGUGAA